UUCCAUUGGCUCGUUCUAUUUCUAUAUAAACACACUAGUACAUAAUUUUUUAGUACAAAUUUGAAUGCGAGUACAAAAUGAAGCAAUCCAUCACACUAGUCCUCUUUUUCACCCUAUUAUUUAAUGAAACUUUUGCUCAUGAUAACUUGAAAAAUCGUCAACACUCGAGGAAAACUAGCCGCUCACAUGUCGAAAAAAGAGACCAAACUUUAGAAACCGAAUCCAGCCUUACAAUUAAUAUCACUGCAAGUAUUUUUCUUGCCCUAAAUGAAUCGUCCGAAUCUGCAGCUGUUUUCGACUUUAAAUCAAACAUAAGUGCCGUAAUUAAUUCCGACUCUGUGAUACUCAUCAGUUACGAAAACGGAUCAGGAGUUUACCUUUCCCAAAGUUUAUUCAACAGUCGCGAAAGUUUCGAGCAAUACUUUAGAAAUUUGACUUGUCUGAAACAACUUUACGAAAGUGGAGUACGAAAUGGAGUUUCAUUCAACGUCACUUCAGCUAGUCCAGACAUUUCGAAACGAGUUUCUCAAAUUUUGAAUUCUUUAGGCGAAAAUUUAUCAUCCUCUGAAGCUCUCGAAAACUAUGAAAAGCUUUCCCAAUCAGUAUCGGAUAUUUUUCAAAAUUCUGUGACCAGCUUUAUAAAACUUAUAAGCAAUUCGAAUGCCAAUUCUAGAGGAGGUUUAAAUCGAUUUAUUGCCUUUCUUCAAGGCUUACAAUGCUUCUUCAAUGGCCUUUCAGACCGAAAUUUAAGACUCGACUUAUCAAAACUUCUAAACCAACCUUCAGGUCUUCAUGUAUUGAAUAAUCUUCUAGAACAGAUAGCUUCUCAAAUCAACGUUGGGCAACUCCUUGGUGAUCGUUUAAACUCCCCCGAAAAUCUUUUCCCCUUAUUGAAUCUUCUCGGAGGUAAUAGUACUGAAGGUUUGAAUGGAUUUAUCCACGUCAUUUACGAAGUGAUAAAUGUGAAUCAAAAUCACACCAAUGUGGAAAAACUCGUCUUAACAUUGCUUGAAUAUUCGGGAAAUUCAACCAACGGCAAUGUGGGCCAACAAUUCUUGUCGGCUCUUCAAAAUCUCCAAAACACGUUACAGAGACACAAUUUGGGCAAUGCAUUCCAAUUUUUGUCACAUCUUGCUCAAAAUACCACCGAUUCUAGUUCCAGUAACAAUUUUGAUAUUUCACGAAUUGUUUCAACUCUUCUCCACUUUGACCCUCAAAACCCCAUAAACCCAAUUGUUGCGAUUUUACUCUCACUUCGACAAAGAGUGUCUCCUGAAGAAUCAAUCCCUGAACUAUUCGAGCAAUUAAUUUCGCGUUUAAACACAUCAAACGGUCGUCAAUGCAUUUCUAACAUUUUCCCAAAUUUGAACAUCACAAACGGUGACGGGAUUGAAAAUCUACUCCUUGUCGGUUUCCACAUUCGAAAUUUUAUCCUCCAGGGAAUUGAACAUUUUUGGAGUAACAUGGCCGAUUUCUGGUCACACAUUCCAAUAAUUGGUCGGUUUUAUGAAGCCAUAGAUCGAGCUUUAGCCUUGUUUACUAAAGGAGCCGUUCAGUUAAAUAAAAUUUUCGAAUCACAAAUUGCAAGGCCUAGGAUUGAACGAAUUUUGGGUUUCCUGAGACGAAUCGCAAGCAGAGAGGAGAAUUCAAGUGAUAGUGGAAGUCAAGGAAUUUUGGGGAAUUUUAUUCGACCCAUUUUAAAUCAAGAUAAAAUUGAACAUAAAAAGGGACAUAAGGAACGACACCAUCAUUUCAAUGGUAAUGCCAAACACAACAAGCAAUUGAAGAGUAAACAUCGUUCAGAGAAGAAAAAGCAUUGAUUAAAUUAAUUAAUUACUUGUAUAAAUAAAUUAAAUGAUGUAACGCCUA